UGUGUAUUCGACUGAAACUCAGAAAACAGGGCACUCGUCGGAAAGCAACCUUACCACACGCGACAAACACGUUAUAAAAACUUAGUCAUUUUGAGUAGAAGAGGGAAAAAAAUAACUGUAUCUAAACUGCCAAAAAUAUUAUAGAACGUGUUUUUUAAAGUUGUAGGAAUAUUUUCUUGUUUUGUUUAUUUGCAAAUCACAGAAAGAAACACAUUUUUAGAGUUAAACUAACAACUUUCAUUUUUUUUUCCGGGCUGGGUAAGUAUUAUUUUAAGUCGCGUGAAAUACAAUUAGCGUGCAUAUGUUUAUACACACGUCACUCACAAAUUUGGAUGUUGUUUGUUGAUAGUUUUGUUCGCAGUAAAACAGUAUUUAUCUUGGAAUCUUUGUAAAGCAGUAAAUAUUUCGGAAUGGAAGAACUAUAUGAAUACGAAGAAUAUCUGGACGAUGAAGAGGAAAACGAUCCAGAUCCACUGGCCGGUGUGAAUACGGGAAUCGAUACGAGAGUAUUUAGUUUUGAUGGCGAGCUAGGAUUGCGACCGAUGACUGACGAUAGAGAAGAGGACGUUGUAUCUGAAGUAUCUUCAGGAAACGGUGAAGAAAAGUCUCUCGGCGAAUUUGUAUUUUCAUUCACUGGAAUAUUUUGUCGGCGACUCUACCGUAGUCAACAACGUCCGAAAGAGAAAGGAAGAGCGUUUGUGAAUGGUAACUCAGUUGAUGAAGUUAUCGAAUCAAUCUGGGCGCAAUCUAAAGACUUGGUGAAUCGAAAAGUCACUUUUGAAAACGACGUUCCUAGUUGGGCAGAGAAGAUCGAACCAACCAUCGAGGAUAUCCAGGAGUUUGUACAACUGCAGGACGAGGUAAAGAGGAAACUUUAUACAACAAGUGUUCUAACACCCCGACUGUUGAGGAACUGGCGAAACAAAUGUGUAAAAGUGUUUGUAUACGCAUUCUCAACUAGCGUCGAAACAGCGGGCCAAUAUCAGCAAAUAUCCAAAAAAUUAUUGGCCCCUGCCAAUCCAGAUCGAGCAGGAGCCCAUUCUACCAGAGAUGAUGCUGCGUUGGCUGAUGAACUACGUAGGAAUCAUUGCCACCUCGAAGGUCAUCAGAGUUCAUGGCUACUAUGGGCCAAUUCUAUCAAUUCAUCUCCAGCACAUAAGCAAGAGGCUUUGAAAAAAGCCGAAUCUCCUCCUAUCGAGCUUUCGAAGUAUUUUCGAUGGUCCGCUGUAUCCGAAGCAGCUCGUUUACAGUCUGUUCACCGGGGAAUGGUUGUAGCUCAGACAUCUAAUUUGGCCUGGUGCCGUGAACUGGAUGACUUGAAGACCGAAGUGUCUCUUGGAAUCUCAAUUUUCCAAGGGGUGAUGCGAAAACUGGAAGCCAUCCCGGAUAAAAAAUACAAUACAAAAACAAUAUAACGU